GAUCGCCUGAAAUGUUUUAAUUGGAAAUAUAUGCAUCAGGGUGUGACGUGAUUUUUGAUUAAAAAGUGUACGAUGAAAGAUGAGUGAGUAAGUGAGUAAGAGCGCAAGAAUGAGAAAUAUUCAUCCGUGAUCGUUACAAUAUGUUCGAAAGUGCAGAGAAUAGGCUUGUUUGUUUUUCCACCGGGAGGAAAAACUUGUCAGACUGGUCAGACGGAUAACCCAGUAAUGGCUUUCCACAGGACAGCGCAUGUGUAUUUCUUACUCUUAUUUAUCCCUUACUCCAACCGGCACUGUAAAACAUAAACCAGGCGGCCCACAACACAACACGUCUGAACACGACUGUGAAAACCUUUGCUGCAUUGAUAAAGGACACGUUAUCCCGUCCUUCACCAACAUUGCCUCUGGGCAAUGUCUGCUCUAUUGGGCCUAGGGCUGCUGCUCAGCUUCCUCACUUACACCACUGGUUUGGGAGACGGGUGUGUGCUGGGGGUGGUUGGCCAGCCCGCGUCAUUGCCCUGCUUCCACGAUGCGCUGAAAACCAACUCCGCGGACGUUUCCGUCGAGUGGAGGACGGCCGGUAAGGUGGUGCUCCGGUCGGAGUGGGGUGAGCAUGGCCGGGUGGACGCGUGGAGCACGUCCGGGGCAAACGGAACCAGCGUCUCCAGCGAUGCGCCGCAGACGGGCAACUUCUCUCUGGAGCUGUCCACAGUUAGUCCUAACGAACCCCAAACCUCUUAUAGUCUAUUUCUUAUGUUAUCCGGGGAAGAGCAAAGCCCUCCGCUGUGCACAGUGUGCCUCGAGAUAGCAGCUAGCUUCAGCUUCCCGCUGCUACACAGAGAGGACCCAGUGGAAAGUGACGAGACUGUCUUCAUAUGUCGCUCCAGCGGAGGGUUUCCUGAACCCACCAUUCAUUGGCUCAUCGACUGGACAGAGGAGCCUUCUUGGGACUCAGUCCGGACCCUCACGGCCCAACUCCCGGACUCUCUACUCUACAAUAUCACGAGUCGUCUGACUGUCAAUGUCACACAAGGCACCAGUGUGUCCUGUAUCAUAGAAAACCCGGUAUUGAACGAAACCCUAACAUCCAUCAGCUAUGGAGUGCAGGUUAGCCAGGUGGUGAGACGAGCAUCGGAGGCCAUGUGGAUUUUCAGCACAGCACUGUGUGUGGUGGUGGGCGUCAUGAUAUUUGCAGGUGUGGUCUAUCAGAUUCAUCUGGACAGGACUCACAAGAGGAAACACAAAGGAAAGAAGGACUCUUCAAGGUACACAGAUGAAACUGUGGUUAUGCACGUGGAGCAAGUGGAGACUCUCACUGAGGCCAACGUAUGAAAUCAAAGGUCAAUUUAAUAAUCGUCACCUGGCAGAUUUCCCACCUGGGAGAUGGCUGUUUGGAAAACCAUCUCAUGAGAGUGGACAUGGCUUCCCUAGUGAACUUUUGGUGCAACUGCAUUGGUUACAGUUUAACUCGGUAUUAUUUUUCCUCUUAGAAAAAGGUCUCCACUUCACCUCUUGGGACAUUGCUCCGUCUUCACCGUGCACUCCUUAGGAGUGCCCUUUUCCUCAUUUUGUGUGGGACUUUGUUUGUUUGACAAUGCCACCAUCAUUUUCAUGACAGUUAUUGUUGUGCUGAACAGUCAAGUUAGUGUUUUAAAUCCUUUUAUUGUCUUUGCAAUCUUUGCACAGUCUCCAAUAGCUUAAUUGUCAUGUCUUUUAUGCUUGUCAUGAGCAGAAAAAAGCACAAAAAUUGGUAGAGUAAAAUUCAUAUGGCUCAUCAGAAAAAUGUAAUUCCACUUGAAACAAAUUUUACUUUUGAUGUCAAGACAUUAGAAAAAUCUUAUAUAAUAUCAAAUCUAUGCAAAACCAUUAAACAUAAAUCAGUUGUGAUAA